CAGGCUGCGGCCGCCCGCCCGCCCGCCCGCCCCGGUGCUCGCACAGGCUUCUAGAACAGGGGCGGGAGGGCGAGCCCGACGCCCCCACGCCUCGUUCGACGCUGUCCGGGUGACCUUCCCCGGUGCCCUUUUACACACCGCUCUGCAUGAAUGGUUGCAACUGGAAAAAGUUUUCUUGCCGCAGGCACUUCCGUGUGCCUCUGGGGUUGUGCGUGUGAGCCUCUCUCCCCCUCGCCGCUCCACCCUAGAGGGUGGACAUCGCCUUAAGUCAACGGCAGUUAGAGUUGUUCUUGGGCCGUCUCCAUUCGCGUCUCGACCCGAUGUUAGCCAUCCGUUCCGUCUUUACACAACUUCACAUCCGUGUGCCGACCUGGCCAAGGAAACUCGCUGUGCCCCAGCUUUCCCUCCUGUGUCGGGGGCGGGAAAUGGCAUUGACUGUCACCCCCAGUCUCGGUUUGCCCAUCCCCAACCUUGGUGUACAACCUCAGGUCUCCGGUUAAUGAAGUAAAUUCCUUCGUUCAAAGUCACCGUUCACUUCAUAGUGAUAUGUUGUGUCCUUUAUCACGGACUACUGAAAAGGGUGACAUAGCCAAAGACUGAAAUGUGGGGCCGAUUCAUCCCCGUUAGUAACUGAGAAACAUCCUCUGGCAGUGCUAUCGACCUAUUAAAAUGCUGACUUUGUCCCUCUACAACCUCACUCUACCAAGAUAUUUAAAUCCACAACCUGAUCGUUAUCGUAUCUACAGCACCCAGGCACAUUCCUAAUAAAUGCUAGUGGGUAAAUUAAAUAUGGGUCUUAAACUCAUCAAAUUAAAUUCAUAUGGCAGGAUAACGGAAAGAAAUUUCGAACAGCACGACUUGGUGAAAUUAUUUUACAUCCCAUGCAGAUACAGUCCCACACGAUGAAAGUUUAUACUGUUUGCCAAUCUUUAUACGAAAACCUAGUUGACUAAAUGGGAAUUUGGAAAUUUAACCACUUCCUGUCCCUUCUUUAAGCUUUGACAGAGCAGAAAUUUUGUCUUAAUACGACGUGUUUUUGCAUAAAUCAAGCUAUUGACUUCUUUUUUAUGUUCUUUACAUUUGAUUCAUUAGUGGAAUUAGCAAGGGUCUGUGUUUUUCUCACCUCGUUCAGUUUUAUAAUUAACCAAUAGAAACUUAAUAGCUUUUAAGGAAGCUUUAGGAGCAUAAAUGGAUUUAUGGGCGCCAUAUGGUUACUUCAAAGGAUCUGUUUUUUUGUUUUAACUUGAAGUAGAUUCUUCAGCCCUUAGUUAAUGAAGAAACUUUUCUAGCAAGCCAUAAUCUGAAUAUUCCUGCUACCAAAAUUGAUCUUGAGAGUCAAAGGAUGUUAGAAUCUCGUCAUUUAUCUGGUUUGAUAUGUUUCAUUUUCUAGAAAGGCUCAUUGUCUCUCUGAGGCUAUACAGUUGAUCACUAGUAUAUCCAAAACCCGAAUCCUAGCCUUUUGGACUCCAAAUUCAGUGCUCUUUCCACCAAACAAGAUACAUUGAAGCUAUUAUAAGUUAUAAAACUAUUUGCUAUUUAUUCUGACUUUGUUGACUCUUUCCUUGUUACACAACUAACUUUUAAAAAUUAGAAAUAUGUUAGGAGACACAUUUAUGUUGACUGCAUCAUGAGAGGACAGCAGUAGUUACUACAUUAUAAGAGGUUUGAAUAGACUCACGAAUUUACAUAGUUUUGGAGGAUUUAAUAGCUGUAGUAUUUUUAAGUUUUACUUAAUGCUAAUCUUUCUUCAAGGAUGGAAUAUGACCUAAUCAAGAACUGUCUUUACUGUCUUUUAGUGUAGUUAUACAUCUUGAACACUGUUCCAUUUGGUCUAUUUUUAGAGUUUCACAAGCUUUUAGAAUCUUUAACUAUUGCCAUGUAACAUCACCUCAGAGAUGGUGGUACUGGUACUAAGAGCACGUAGAGAAAGUGAGAGCACAAUGUAUGGUGGCUUAAUUUAAUGAUUCUGAAUUUGCUUUCUUAAAACACGUGCGUACUUUAUAAUACACUAUAAUGGGCGUUCUUCAUAGACAAUAUGGAUUUUUAAACUUAGAUUAUAGAAUUAGAGAAAAUCCUAAAAUAGUAUUUUUAAAAUAUAGCCAAUAAUAGCACAUGCCUUUAAUCCUAGCACUCUGGAGGCAGAGCCAAGCAGAUCUCUGUGAGUUCAAGGCCAGCCUGGUCUACAUACUGAGUUCAGGACAACUAGAGCUACAUAGUGAGACCCUGUCUCAAAAUCAAAAAAAUAAGUAUAUAUGUGUAUAGUAAAUAUAAACAUAUUAUAAAUGUAAUUAUGCAUAUAGAUGUUACACUUGCAAUACAUAAUUUUGUAAUAACUCAAUGUUUAUAUUUCCUUAUAAAAUAGCCACCAUAAAUGGAUGAAAACAGUAUUUUAAUGAUUUGUUUUUUUCAACAUGAUUACUCAGGCUGUAAUGGAGAGAAAAACUGUAUACAAAUGUGUUGUGGAUAUCGCUCUAUAUAAAUAAAGCACUGAUUGGCCAGUGACCAGGCAGGAAGUAUAGGCAGGACAAGGAGAAAGGAGAAUUGAGGAAGGAGGAAGGAAAGGGAGACCGGCUGGAGCCACCGCCAAGACAAGGAAGAUGUAAAGUACCGCUGUUUGCCUGCUCCCAUGUUCCUUGAUUAAGUGUGUUUCGGAUAACAGCAGAUAAUCGCCAGGAUGGGAGUGAAUGACUUGUGGCAGGUUUUGGAGCCUAUAAAGCAGCAUAUCCACUUGCAGGACCUCAGUGGGAAAACGGUUGCGGUUGACUUGAGUCUCUGGGUGUGCGAGGCACAGACAGUGAAGAAAAUGAUGGGAACUGUCAUGAAGCCCCACCUCAGAAACCUGUUUUUUCGUAUUUCAUAUUUAACUCAAAUGAAUGUCAAACUGGUGUUUGUAAUGGAAGGGGAGCCACCAAAGCUCAAAGCUGAUGUCAUGAGCAAGAGGACUCAGACUCGUUAUGGGCCUUCUGGAAAAACAUGCUCUCAGAAAACAGGGCGAUCACAUUUUAAGUCAGUCUUACGAGAGUGCCUAGCAAUGCUAGAGUGCCUAGGAAUCCCCUGGGUCCAGGCUGCUGGGGAAGCUGAAGCCAUGUGUGCUUACCUGAAUGCCAGUGGCCAUGUGGAUGGCUGCCUCACCAACGAUGGUGACGCUUUCCUGUAUGGAGCCCAGACUGUUUACAGGAAUUUCACUAUGAACGCAAAGGAUCCACAUGUUGACUGUUACACAGUAUCAUCUAUCAAGAGUAAGCUGGGCUUGGAUCGGGAUGCCCUGGUUGGACUGGCGGUGCUUCUUGGGUGUGAUUAUCUUCCAAAGGGAGUGCCUGGCGUUGGAAAAGAACAAGCAUUAAAACUUGUGCGGAUUUUAAAAGGUCAAAGUUUGCUUCAGAGGUUUAACCAGUGGAUUGAAGAACCUUGCUCCUCUAUUCCACAACCAGCAGCUAAAAAAGUGGCUCACUGCUCUGUGUGUUCCCAUCCAGGUUCACCUAAGGAUCAUGAGCGUAAUGGAUGCACAUUAUGUAAAAGUGAUAGAUACUGUGAACCGCAUGAUUAUGAAUACCGCUGUCCUUGUGAAUGGCACCAGACAGACCAUAAUAGGCAACUAAGUGAAGUAGAAAACAGUAUUAAAAAGAGAGCUUGCAGUUGCAAAGGAUUUCCAUUCCACGAGGUCAUCCAAGAAUUCCUUUUGAAUAAGGAUAAAAUGUUGAAACCCAUCAGGUACCAAAGACCUGAUUUAUUAUUGUUUCAGAGAUUUACCAUUCAGAAAAUGGAGUGGCCCAAUCACUAUGCAUGUGAGAAAUUGUUGAUGCUAUUGACCCGCUAUGAUAUGACAGAAAGAAAACUUGGGAGAAAGAACUCUAGUCAACUACAGCCAAUUAGGAUUGUUAAGCCUCGAAUCAGAAAUGGAGUUCGUUGUCUUGAAAUAGAAUGGGAAAAGCCUGAACAUUUUGCUGUGGAAGACACAGAGGCUGGGGCACUGGAUCUCCUUACCAUCGAAGAAGCAUCCCUGUUUGAAGCAGCCUAUCCUGAGGUGGUUGCUGUCUACCAGAAACAACAGUUAGAAACUCAAGGGAAGAAACAGAAGAGUAUGAAAGUUAAGCCUAAAGAAAACAGUUUACCAGAAUCAGAUAAUACAGUCAGUUAUCAAUCACUUAUGACUUUAAAACCUACAUGUGAAGUUUUCCCCAAGCAUAAUCCCAAAAUUAGUUUGGAAAUUUCUCCAGAUGUUAUUUUACCACAGGAAUCUACUUCUCCCUCAUUGAGUAGUUUUGUUUUCUCAGAAAAUGCUCCCUGUUUGAAUCUGCAAGAACAUUUCAUGCCUUCUCCGAGACCUUUGGCUGGAAAGCAAACUAAAGAUGUCAGUGAUUUUCUAGGUUCAGAAUGUAGUCAGCCCGGCUCUUUAUCUGCUACUAGUUCUGUGAUUGCUGAUCUUCAGUUGAGUACCAUUGACUGGGAAGAGACUUCUUUUAGUAAUUCUCCAGCUGUUCAAGAACACACUUUGUCUCAAGAUUUACAACCAGAACUUGAAUCAUCAGCCAUGCUUCCUGGCUUUGAAAAUACCCCAGAACAAUUGUCAUACAAAUCAGAACAAUACUUCACAAACAAUGAAAUGUUGGGUGGAGAUCUUCAAAAGAUUAGUCCUGAAGAACAUCUGCUUCCUGGAGUCACUGGUUUAUGUCUUCAUGAUUUGCCUCUAAUGGAACGAAUACAUAUAAAAUCCUCAUGCCCUCAGUAUAAUGUACAAGCAAAUGCUAACCUGGAAAGUUUGCCCCUAAAAGUAAAAGGCUCUUGUAUUACUGACAGUAGUUCUGUUUGUUUAUCAAAUUUCUCAAAGGAAUUUCCAGGAACAAAUCUGCACAAAGAGUCCAAAAGCUUGAAAGUACUAGACAACCAACUCCUUCAAGACAAUUCUACGGUGAAUACUUCCAUACCUUAUUCGUUUGAUGACAAAGUGGUAAAGACGUCCACUCUUCACAUUGGGCCCCCAAAUACUGCUCUACCUCAUAAUCCCAAAGUUGAUGAGAGAACUACUAAGAAACUUGUGAAGAAUAGUGUUUGCCUCAAGAGAGAUUCCUCAGAUGAAGAAAAUGCUCCAGUGUCCUGGAAAGCUCAGUAUGCUGCUCCAAAAAUGAAACACAGUUCUCAGAAGCAUAGCCUAGCCCAGGUCAGAGACAGUAGUCACAGCAAGCUCAGCAAUCCCAAAAUAGACACCAAAGAAACCAAACUGUGCACAAAGUCUUCUACAACAGCUGGAGGUGAAGAAAAGUGGUUCUCAGACCCAGCAAAAAGGACUCAGAGUUUUCCACAAUAUCGUAAAAAGGAUGAGGACUCCACUGCCUGCUUGGAAAGUCCUCUCCCUUUAAGCCAGAGGUUAAAACUCAGAUUCCAGAACACUGGAAGUAGAUUUGAAAAUACUUAAGUUUAAUUUAUUUGGGUGUUGUCAGCAUUAGCAGAAGCCAGGCAGUGCUGUCUAGUUCAUGUUUGGUAGAAAAUUUACAUGACUAUGUGCCAUUUUAAUCAAAAUUGUAACUUAAGAUGGUAACAGCCAUGUAUGGCUCAUGCCUAUAAUCACAGCACUUAGGAGGUGGAUAGACUCUGGAGGAUCAGGAGUUCAAGGUUAUCCUCUGGUAUAUGGAGAGUUUCAGGCCAAUCUAAUUUAUCUAAGGAAGAAAAAAAAUUAAAACUUUGAUUACAUAAUAUGACAGCUUCAAAUAAUGUAUUUUUAGGACCUAUUUUACCAUUCUUGAAAUGUCAUUACUGAGUAUCUAGCAUUAACAUAUUAGUGUAUUCUUUGAUAGAGUAAAUGCGUUACCGGUUUUUAAUUCUUAUAUAAGCCUCUGAAGCAUUUGUUACAGUCUAGGUUAUUCCCAAGAGGGUAACACUUUGUAAUUGUAUCCAGUGCCUUUUAUUGGCCCUUCCUAAUGGCUCUAUUUCUCUUCAUGUUAAAGUACCAUUAGCGUGCUCUUCCACUUUAGUGUUGUCGUGUUUGAGAAAUGAAAAUGGAAGAAGAGGGUGAUGUGGAGUAAAGUGUGUUUGUAAAGUCUGGAUAAGGAAAGUUAUUCCUUAUGUGCAUUCAGAAGUUCACAGGCACUACAAGUGGGAAAUGUUCUUAAAAUUAGGUGUAAAACCAAAGGGAACUGAAGCUUAUUCGGGAUCACACAGUUAGUAAUAGCAAGAGUAUGAGUCCCACCUUUGCUUUCUAGUUUGGACCUUAUGUUUUUAUUUUUCUGUUUUGUUUUUAAUCUAUGAAACUGUUCCCUUUUGCUUUAAAAAUUAGUUUUUAAUUCCUGUAAACAUUAAGUCUUGCAUAAAUUGUACUCAAAAAUUCUGGAGGCAUCUGCAUUCUAAAAGAGACAGUACAACUGUUUGUAAAUGACUGGAGCUUGAAAGUAGAAAAUCCUAACAAAUCCAUCAGAAAACAUCUAUUAAAAGCAAGCCAGAUGUGAUGACACAUGCCUUUAAUCCCAGAACUUGGAAGACGGAGGUAGGUGGAUCUCUGAGUUCAGGGCUAGCCUGGUAGGCAGAGCUAGUUCCAGAGUAGCCAUUGCUACAUAGAAACCCUGUUAGUGAAAAAAAAAAAAAAUCUGUAAACCAAAAGACAAAAAGAAAAACCUAUUAAAAGUGAAG